UCCUAUCAUUCCUCGAAAACAUUUCCGGCCCUUGCCGAGUAAAAAGUUUGCACAACUGCACGUUUAUCUUAGUUCUCAAUUCAGACCGACCCGUAGUCGGACCAAUCUCUUCUUACAGCAAGGUCUUCCCAAGAUUUACAGCUUCUCAAUAAACAUUCGGUCCUAGCACAGAUCUCAUCCAAACCACGAUUACUUCCCACCACAAAUCUCAGAACGUCAAAUUCAUAUAUUGCUCAUCACCAUGUUUAUAAGAAAACCCACUUCGAGAUUCAUCCUUUUCACCCUCGUUCUUUUUAUGUUGCUGAGUUUUCUCAUUACCAUCAAGGCUUCUGAGCCCCCCCAAAAUGAAAAUGACGAUGAAGAUUUAGAGGGUCUUGAGGAAUUGAUAGCACUGGAUGAAGAAGAAGAGAAACAUGAACAAGAAGGGUCACCCAGUGUGAGGUCAUCAGAGGCUGAGGUUUUAACUAGAGCCCAGAGGAUUGUUAUUGAGCUUAACAAUGAGAACACCAAGAGGGUCAUUGAUGGGAAUGAGUUUGUGCUGGUUCUGGGGUAUGCGCCUUGGUGUGCAAGGAGUGCUGAGCUUAUGCCUCAGUUUGCUGAGGCUGCAACUUCAAUGAAGGAAUUGGGGAGUCCCGUUUUGAUGGCAAAGCUGGACGCUGACCGGUAUCCGAAGGCGGCAUCGCUUCUUGAGAUCAAAGGGUUUCCUACUCUGCUUCUGUUUGUCAAUGGGACUUCUCAAGCGUACACUGGUGGAUUUUCAAUGGAAGAAAUAGUGAUCUGGGCCAGGAAAAAAACUGGUGUACCUGUCACUAGAAUAAGGUCGGUAGCAGAGGCAGAAGAAUUUCUCAAAAAGUACCAUACUUUUGUUACCGGUCUGUUCAAGAAAUUUGAGGGACCUGAUUAUGAAGAAUUUGUUAAAGCAGCCAUAUCUGACAACGAAAUCCAGUUUAUUGAAGUGAGCGACACUGAUGUUGCUAAAGUUCUUUUCCCAGCUGUCAAAGAUACUAACAAUUUCAUUGGGAUUGUUAAAAGCGAGCCAGAAAGAUACACUCCAUAUGGAGGGACCUUCAAAAUGGACAAAAUAUUAGAGUUUUUGGACUGUAAUAAGUUUCCUUUGGUUACUAAAUUGACCGAGCUAAAUUCUGCCAGAGUUUAUUCGAGCCCUAUCAAGCUUCAGGUCAUUGUCUUUGCUGAGGCUGACAACUUUAAGAAUCUUCUUGAGCCUCUUCAAGAAGUUGCAAGAAAGUUCAAGUCAAAGAUAAUGUUUAUUUAUAUAGACAUUACAGAUGAGAACCUUGCAAAGCCUUUCUUAACUUUAUUUGGGCUUGAAGAAGCAGCUAACACUGUGGUGACUGCAUUCAAUAACAGAAUCAGCUCGAAGUUUUUGUUACAGUCGGAUCUGAUCCCAGCCAACAUAGAAGAGUUCUGCAUACAGCUUCUUGAUGGUACUCUUUCUCCUUACUUCAAGUCACAGCCAAUUCCAGAUAAUAAAGACACAAGCAUCCAGGUCAUUGUAGGAAAGACAUUUGAUGACUUGGUCUUGAGCAGUCCCAAGAAUGUUCUUCUAGAGGUAUACACGCCAUGGUGCAUCAACUGUGAAACCACUAGCAAGCACGUUCAAAAGUUGGCUAAGCACUUCAAAGGUUUUGAUAAUUUGGUAUUUGCAAGGAUAGAUGCUUCUGCUAAUGAACACCCAAAACUGCAGGCAAAUGACUAUCCGGCACUGCUCUUUUACCCUGCAAGCGAUAAAUCAAAUCCGAUCAAGCUAUCUACAAAAUCCAGUUUGAAGGAGUUGGCAGGGUCUAUCAACAAAAUUUUGAGAGCCAAAGAUCAUGUCACGAAAGAUGAAUUAUAGAAAAAUAUAGUGGCCAAAUAUAUUAAUACUUCAACUGAUAUCGAAUUUGUUUUGCCAAUAGAAUCCUGAGCCCCUUAAUCAAGGAAAAACAAAAUUCGUCUUGAAUUGAUAUGUGCAUCCUUGGUCAAGGAUUUUCUAUAGUUGAGCACUAUAAUCUAUGACAUGUAAUUGUAUUGAAGUUUAUAAACAAAUUGCUAUCGAAGCAGAUAUAAUGGCAUGUUAACAUAUCACAUCA